CUCUUACAGAAUAAUGACUACUGACUCUUGUCCAGGUUCCAGUAGAGUAAAGAUGAUCUGUGAUCUUCAGAGAUUAGAAGCAGUUACUGAUGAUAAAAGAAUAUUAAAACAUAUAAUGAUUGAUAUUCUCAACCUGAGGAAUGGAAUGGAAAAUAAUCUACUCCUAAUCCAACAAAUCCACCUGAUGAUACAGAAGGAAGGAGAGGAGCUGAAGGGGUUUAAUGAUAUCAUCCAUGCUGCCCAGCAACAUAUUGACUCCAUAAGCACAUUAUAUACACUGGGUGUAUCCUGGCUCAAGGGUGAAACUGAUUUUGCUCUAAGCUUUGUUCAAGUUGUUGUUGAUGAAGAGAGUCUAGAACCUGAUAAUUUCUCUGAGGACCAGGAUUUAUCUGUUCAUGAGAAUAUUGGAGAUAUUGAAGAUAUAAAAAUUGAAAUGGAAGAGCUGGAGAAUACAGUUAAUAAAGAUUUAGAAGAUAUCAAGGAAGAAGCUGAAAUCACUGGACUGAAGCAAGAGAUGUUAGUUAAAGACAGCAAAAUAAAAAGAACAACUCGACGUAAAGACAAAAACAACAAAAUUCGUAAUUUUUCCUGUGAUUUAUGUGAUUACGUGACCAGUAAGAAAAUACGUCUGGCAGAUCAUAAGCUGGUGAAACAUCAAGGUCAUCGAUACUUUUGUGAUCAAUGUGAAAGCUCUUUUACGGAUAAUCGUAAUCUGAGAAGACACUUGAAAGAUCUCCAUGAGGGACAGAAAUAUCAUUGUACUGAAUGUGACUAUUUUGCUACCAGUCAGACACAGUUGAAGCAUCAUAAAGACUCUGUACAUUUAGGAUUGCAGUAUCCUUGUGAUAGUUGUGAAUAUGUUUCAAACUCUAAAUAUAAUUUGAGAAAGCAUAAGAUAACACAGCAUUCACAAGGAGAAGGAAGUUUAAGUAAUGAAGAAAGACCAAAGAUCCCAAGAAGCAGGAGACGAAAUGAAAAUGUGUCAGGAGGGAUUCAAUAUUCAUGUGAUCAAUGUGAUUCUGUUUCCUUUAGUAAGGUUAGCAUGAAAUUACACAAACAGCGACAUGUUAACCAAUUCUUGUGCGAUCAGUGUCCAUAUAUUUCUAAAACAAAAUCUGAUUUAAAGAAACACAAGUUGGUGAAACAUGAAGGAUUGGGGUUUCCCUGUGAUUUGUGUAAAUAUGUCGGGCAGGAUAAAGUGCAUCUGAGACUGCACAAAGAGGCAGUACACAUGGGUAUUAAAUACCAAUGUGACCAAUGUGAGUUUGCAGCAUCCACAAAUGGAAAUUUGAGAGAACACAUUGCCUGUAAGCAUGAUGAUACUAACUAUCCCUGUGAUCAUUGUGGACAUGUAUCAACUACACUUAAUGCAAAGAAGAAGCACAUGAAGAGUAAACAUCCUCUUGUUGCAUAGCUUUAAAUAUACUUCAAAAGAAAUCCAGAAAAAUUCUUGUUAUUUGAUUUAAAGUAUUUAUUGUAGAAAUUUAUAAUUUAUUGCUUUUUUAAUUUGUUUUCUUUCAGA